AAACAGUAAUUCAAAUAUAAAAAGCGCCUGCCUGCACACCCAACUUCACCAUUCACAUUUCAUUUAUUCCGUUCCUCCCCCCAUCCCAUCCCACACGUCUGAAACUCUCGCCGGAGUUCUCUCACCUGAAUUUAUACCCGCCCGCCAAUAGACAAAUGUUAGAGCUCUUAAUGACCACCAAUAUUUAACAUCAAAUUCAAUGCACAUAUGUUCACAAGUCAACACACCUUGCUCUAGAUCAUCUACCGGUUCAGAAGUUAUUACUUAUUCAGAACAGAAAUCAUCACCUCUCUCUGUUUUUCUCAGCAUUUAUGAGCAUCGCAUCAUGUGUUCAACAACUUCAUCUACACCUCUUUAAUGACUUAUCAAAGUCAAAGGUUUUCUCUCUCUGUUUCUGUUUCUCAAUCACAACCAUCUUUGAAGAUAUUCGUGACUAUGAAUUUACAUCUGUUUAUUUUGUUCUUGGUUUUAAUAACAACUUUGACGACUUCGUCAACUUCUGCUCAAGCAAACUGCACUCGGGUUUGUAACGGUGAAUCGGUGGCGUAUCCGUUUGGGUUUUCAGAUGGUUGUCAAAUUCGUUUGAAUUGUUCCGAGGGUGGAGUUAUUCGUGUUGGAGAAUAUAAUGUUCAGAAUAUAACCAGUGAUCGGAUUCUGGUUAACUUGCCUGCUAAAUGUGAUCGGAAAUUCGACGAGAUUCGUGUGUUUAAUAACGACAACUUUGCUCUAAGUUCGCGUAACGGAUUGCUGUUGGAAAAGUGUAAUUCGACGUUGAAUGAUUGUGUGGUGUCGACUGCUCGAGUUGAGAAUCAUUUCAACUUACAGAAGUGUGAUACAAGGGAUAAUAGUACCACCAUGAAUUGUUACUCAGAGGAUGAUCCUGAUGUAGAGUUUGUGAAUUUGAAACCACUGGAAGAUGCUCGUUGUCAGAUUUUGUUUUCUUCGGUUACGGUUGAUGUGAAUGGAAGCAGUAGUACUACGCCGAGUAUGCCCGUGUCGUUGGAGUUUCAGUUGUUGGAUUUGGGUUGGUGGGUUCGCGGGGAAUGUAGUUGCGAUAAGAAUGCGAGUUGUCGGAAUGUGUCGUAUGCGAAUCGGACGGUCGGAUAUCGGUGCCAUUGUAAUGACGGAUUCGCCGGAGAUGGAUUUACUGCCGGAAAUGGUUGCCGGAGAGUCGAGAGAUGUGGAGCUAAGAGGUACAUGUCCGGAAAAUGCGGUGGAACAACAAGGGUAGGCGUGCUCGUCGGAGGCAUUGUUGCGGGAGCUUCUUUGAUGUCAGCCGCGGCACUCAUUUGCUACUUUCUUAAGAAACGAGCCGCUUUGAGGAACCAACGACUCGCGAAACGACAAUUGUCAGAAGCUACAGGUAGCUUCAGUAUCCCGUUUUAUCAUUACAAAACAAUCGAACGGGCCACGAAUUCUUUCUCUGAGAAACAAAGGUUAGGUGUAGGAGCAUAUGGCACAGUUUAUGCCGGUAAACUAAGCAGCAAUGAGUGGGUAGCCAUUAAGAAAAUACGAAACCGGGACACAGAUGAUUAUGGAAAUAACCAAGUAAUGAACGAGAUCAAACUUAUCUCUACGGUCAACCACCCUAACCUCGUUCGCCUUUUGGGCUAUUGUAUUGAGAAAGGCGAACAAAUUCUCGUCUAUGAAUUCAUGCCAAAUGGAACGCUUUCGCAACAUCUACAAAGAGAAAGAGGGAAAGGUCUUCCGUGGACCGUAAGACUCACGAUCGCAACCGAAACCGCACAAGCUAUUGCUCAUCUUCACUCUAUGAACCCUCCUAUAUAUCAUAGAGAUAUUAAAUCAAGUAAUAUACUUCUAGACUACAACUUUAACUCAAAAGUUGCAGAUUUCGGACUUUCUAGACUCGGUAUGUUAGACGAUUCACACAUAUCAACCGCUCCGCAAGGGACACCAGGUUAUGUGGACCCGCAAUACCAUCAAAACUUCCAUCUUUCAGAUAAAAGUGAUGUUUAUAGCUUCGGGGUGGUUCUUGUUGAGAUCAUCACUGCUUUAAAAGUGGUUGAUUUUUCCCGCCAUCAUAGUGAAAUAAACCUCGCUGCUCUUGCUAUAGAAAAGAUCGGGAAAGGUUGCGUGGAUGAUAUAAUUGACUCAUUUUUGGAGCCAAAUAGAGAUGCAUGGACGCUUUCAUCAAUUAACAAAGUGGCUGAGCUGGCGUUUCGAUGUUUAGCUUUUCAUAGAGAUAUGAGACCAUCAAUGACAGAAGUGGCGGAUGAACUGGAACAGAUUAGGAUCAGUGGAUGGCACACGGUUGAUGAUAAUGUAACCAUGUCAUCAUCAUCAGUUUCCUCAUCACCGUUUAAUGGCAGUGAGAGAUCAAUAGGCGGGACAAUAGCAAAAAAAGUGGCGGCAAUAGGAAGCAAGCGGCGGUUGAGUGUUCCUCAGGUGAUACCGGACUGUUUAAAGAUAGCGGAAGAUGGGAAAGAUACUUCACCUGUUUCUGUGCAGGAUAUAUGGUUAAGUGAGCAGAGUUCACCCUCAACUAACAGCUUGUUAGGAAAUGUUGUUAGGUGAAGAAAAUGUGAUUUCAUUACAUUUUUGUGUGGUCUGAAUGUUUGAUAGUUGAUACAAGUAAUUGUUGUUAUUUCAUUACAUUACAAAUACAUUAAAUAGUUUGGAUUGUUUAGCCAUGACUUCUCGGGUCGGUUACUUGGUGCACUUUUCUAGCUUCUGCGUUUGAAUAUUGACCAACAACUCGUGCGUGUGGGAUGGAGGGUUUUCCCGAAGCAAGUGCGUCAACGUUUUCCAAGAAGUAUUUUUUUGGAAGCUUUCCCACAACGUUUCCUUCCUCGUUACCGUUAC